GAUUAAUGACCAGUCUCGCCUAGGUUCCUGCCUGCUGCAUCGACCAUCCUCUACGAUGUCGAGUUACGACAAGGUGGUGAAAUUGGCCUGCAAGCCGAAGGCUGCACCACCAAAAGCAAAGUAUCUCGACCCAAUUAUUGCUGCAACUUGGUCCGAGGAUGGUGCUGUCCACGAUGUCUGCAAGGCUCUAUCACCGCGGUUUCGGGAGCCCAAUGCGAUUGUUGUAUUCAAGGCCCUGAUAGUCCUGCAUACCAUGAUUCGUAAUGGCGCCACCGACAAUGUCCUGUCAUAUCUCUCAUCUUCUGAGGUCCUACGCCUCUCCAACGUCUCUGCUGGCAACUGGGAAGGUUACGCCGCACCCGAAAACCUACAGAACUAUGCUGUUUAUCUUGAGUCCCGGAUACGCUCGUAUCGGGAUCUCAGGCAUGAUGCUGUACGGGUCCAGGCAGAGUCGAAUAGGGAUAUGCGCAAUUCACAGUCCAUAGAGGAGGACGGGUAUCGGGGCAAUAGCAAAAGAGGCAAGUCCGCUCAAACUGCCGCUCCAUCGAGAAGCAAGACUAUCGUAGGUCGGAAGCUGCGGUCAAUGACCGUGGAGAAGGGUUUGUUACGCGAGACACGAGCUGUUCACAGGAUGAUUGACACCUUGGUGGAGUGCCGGUUCUAUCUCGAUGAUUUAGAGGAUGAAUUAACCAUCACUGCCCUACGAAUGCUAGUCAAAGAUCUCCUCAUCCUUUUCCAAGCUGGAAAUGAGGGGGUCAUCAACGUACUGGAGCACUAUUUUGAGAUGUCGCAUGUGGACGCUGAGGAAGCCCUGAGCUUAUAUACGCAUUUCUGUCAACAAACGGAAAAAGUUGUUGAAUAUCUCGGAGUAGCAAAAAAGCUCCUCAAUCUUCUCAAUGUCCCCGUUCCCAAUUUGAAACACGCCCCAGUGUCGUUAGCUGGCGCCUUACAAGAGUACUUGGACGAUCCUAAUUUCGAACAAAACAGAAUAGAAUAUAAGACUAACAAGGAAUCAGCAGAGCGGGGCUCGAAGGGUGGACCUCCUGUUAAGAAAUCGGAGACUGCCUCUACCUCCACCUCACCAACCAAGACCUCCCCUCCGGCUUCCACAAGUAACAGACCCACGGCUAAUGGCGUUCAAUCGAUUUCUACCAAUGGCCCAGUGAUCGACUUUUUCUCUGCCAUCGAAGAGGAAAAGCCCCAAAUGUUUAAUUCUCAAGCGAGCAGUCCCAAUGCCACUCGUUACCAACAGGGCACCGUCAACCCGUUCGUUCAACGGCAAAUGACUGCGCAGCCAUUCAUGCAGGCUCCGCAACAGAUGCAGCUACAGCCCACAGGCUUUCCUAUGGGCGGGCCAGCGCCGAAUCCGUUUGGUCUCGCAACACCGACUCCUCGGCUUCAGUUACAACCAACAGGCCAUCGCCCAUUUUCUUCCUUCCUUCCUCAACAACCGACAGGUUAUCCCCAGCUAUCUCCACAAGUCCAACAGCCACAAAGUCUUUUGCAGCAGCAAUCAACGGGUGCUAACCCGUUCCGCCAAAGCAUGUUACUUCCUCAAACGACAGGAAUGACUUUGUUUGGUGUCGGAGGCGGUAGUAGUGGUCUGCAAUCACAGCACACCGCUGCUCCUGUUAUGAAUCCUAAUCCUAUGAUAAACGCAUCGACCCAGAAUCAAGGUCAGAGUGCAUUUGGGGGGCUCCCCUCAAUGAAUUCCCAACCAUUUUCCACUUCUUUGUUUGUUUCGCCUGCGCAUCAGACAUCAGCAUUCCAAGGCCACGCGAACAUUCCCGCCAGACCUGCGUCGACACCCUUGACGUCUUUUGGUCCAUCAUCUUCGAGUUCAACGUCUCCCCCGGCCGCUCAACCAAUCAAAACACACCAGACUGGGACGAGAAACCCAUUCGGUCGAGUUGCGACACCGCCACCACCAGUACCUAAGCAGCCGACACUAAUGGAGCUUGCAAUGGGUAUGCAAGUGAAUGGGAACACUACGAAUUCUGUUCAGCAGCAACAAUUCCAGUCGAGUCCACCUGCGCAUUCGCAGCCUAACGGACAAAGUAGCUUCUCUUUCGGUAAUAGCAGUCUUAAUCCAGGUGCUACGGACAUUUCUAGCGUCGCUUCUUCCUUCGCAUUUAAGCCCGCUGGUUCUGAUGAAAAGCCCGUUUCGUCAUCCGGCUUCCUUAAUUCUCAGAAUACGUCAACAACAUCGGCAGUCUCUACGUUUUCGGAGUCCCAGUGGUCAUCGUCAUUGCCGUCCCAGCCGACGGGUGCCACAAAUGCUUCGUCUUCACCAUCCAUCACCCUCACUCCUUCAUUAAAAUCGCAGGCGACAGGGUUCCCUGGACUCAAGCCAUUCAAACCAUCAUCUUCUUUCGGUGCUUCUCUAUUGGAAUCACUGCCGCCUAUUCCUCAGUCGGCGCCAACAACACCUGCUGUGACCGGUAAUGGAACUACAACCAGUUCCCCGCCGUCAGGGUCACCGGCAUCUCAGCAGACAGGAGCGUUCCCUUUCAAUGCACAAUUAACCGGUUUGGGAGUCCUGAGUUCAUUACCUGGCGGGCAGAAUCUUAAUAACGUCCACCUUGGGAUGCAAACGUCAGGCAUGGGUACAUUGAAUUCACAGCCGACAGGGGCUUUCGGCGCUAUGGGACAGCCAAGAUCGACGUUGGGCGUGGGCCUACGUCCACAAAUGACGGGUUCAGUGUCCAAUCCCUUCCGGGCGUCUUCGGUAAACGGCAUGACGACCGGAGGCGUGUCUCUUUUUCAGACAUCCAUCUCGCAACCCGCGGGGGGUGGCGCGGUUAGUGCGCAGCAGACGGGAGGAAAUCUCUUUAGCAUGUCUGGAGCCGGGACUUUUGGAUCGCAUUUUAAUGCCAACGGUGGAGUGCAACAGCAAAGCACGACGACAUCCUUGAUCUAACAAUAUACCACAUUCUUUUUUCGAUAGUUUUCGGGAUAUAUCUUCGCAGUCCACGCUAUCCGGCCGCACAGGCUCAGCAUUUUUGUACAUAUGUUUUACGUCCGGGAACUGUACCUUCUUAGUAUCUAUAUCUUAUGAGUAAUCAAAUCAUUGACUUCCUUAAAA